CUCGUCAUUCCUCUCUGCUCAUCUCUCUUCCACCUCGUCCCGACGACAACCUCCUCACCUGCUACUCCUCGACAGACCGAUCAAUCCCCUUUCGCGACACCCGUCAAGUCAACCUCAACACCGCAAAAAUGGCCCAGGUUCAGGAGUUCACCAUGCAGGAUGUUGCUGAGCACAACACCAAGAACGACAUGUACCUCGUAGUCCACGACAAGGUCUACGACUGCACCAAGUUCCUCGACGAGCACCCUGGUGGUGAGGAGGUCAUGCUCGACGUCGCUGGCCAGGAUGGCACCGAGGCUUUCGAGGAUGUCGGCCACAGUGACGAGGCCCGGGAAGCCCUCGACAAGCUCUUUGUCGGUGAGCUGAAGCGCAUGCCUGGCGAGGAGGGCCCCAAGCGCACCAUCGUCAACUCGAACCAGAGCACCGGCAAGGAUUCAAACAGCCUCGGCCUCGGCCUGUACGCUGUGGUCGUCGCCGGUGGCUUCUUCGCCUACCUGGGAUACCAGUACCUCCAGAACCAGGCCGAGGCUCAGGCUGCCCAGGCCUCCGCAUGAGCGCAGCACUCAAUCGCAUCACACAAAAGAAGCUUUUUCUGUUUUGCCACGAACUAGAUGCCGACCUCGGCGUCUUCUGGCCGACGACGUAUUGGGAGUUUGGCCUUUAUAAGGGCAAGGGAAUUGGGCGAUAGACGGCGCGCAAACAAACAAAUCUCAUCUACCCUGGCUUGGUUGGACAUGGGCGAGGACAGCGGGCUGGGCAAAAAAAGUGUCCCCCCCGUUCUUUUUUUUUGUUGGGGCCGUGCGACCAAGGAUAAGGGAUCGCAGACCCAGUCUGAGAGGCGCGCGAGACUCAACUCGUCGGCGCGAUAACAUCAGAUUACGGAGCACGGUGUUUGCAUGGGAGAAUCUUUUCACAAUGGAAGACAGAAGCAAAACAAAGCAAUCUGGGGCCCGUAAAGUACCUAAAUAUCUAUCACUGUUUUAAUCGACGAAACGAUUGGUCAUGCAUC